AUGCUUUUCCGACAUUAUUAUCGUACAUGGUAUUGGUCAUCAUUUGUUCAUAAUUUUCAUAUUUUUCGUUGUCCUGAACAUCUAUUUAAUCUUCAACGACAAGUACGUCAAGCUAAACUUUUUGUUGCUGCUCGUUUUGCUGAUUAUAUCAUUAUUGAUUGUUCAUUUUCGAAUGAAUAUAAUGAUAAUGAAAUUUUAUUAGAGAAUUAUUAUGAAAGACUUCAAUUAAAAAUUCAUUCAUGCUUUACUUCACUUCAUCGAUAUCAUUCACCAUCAUUUGUUAUUCUAUGUAAUGUUUAUUCAAAUAAAAAAGAUAAAUUUCUACGAAAUAGUCCAUAUUGUCAUGCAACAUCGUUAUCAUAUCUUGAUUUAUUUCCUCGAGAACAACUUGUUUAUUUAUCGCCGGAUUCACCAAAUAUCAUGAAUAAAUAUGAACAUAAUGUUAUAUAUAUUCUUGGUGGAAUAUUUCAAAAAACAAAAAAUGAACGACUUACAUUAGAAAAAGCUGAUAAUGAACAAAUUCGACAUCAAUCAUUACCACUUCAACAGUAUCUUAAAUUAUCAUCAAAUGCAAGUGCUGUUUUGUCGUUAAAUCAAGUAUACAAUAUAUUAAUGACACUUAAACAUAAUAAUAAUAAUUGGUUUGAUGCAUUUAAAUGUAUUCCGGAACGUUGUCUUUCACGAUGA